AUGACCACCAUCGAGUCCACAAGGUUGCGACCAGCCAGCCAGCUAACACCGACAUCAACACCCUUGUCCAUCCUUGACGCAACAGUCGUGCGCUUUGCUCCAACAGGAGCAAUCUGGAUUUUUAACCAAUCUGCAGACCUAGAUCAGAAGACCCUGGUUGACCGCUUGCGAACUUCCUUCAUUGAAACCCUUUCAAAAUUCCCUCAAUGGGCAGGCCAACUCCAAUGGGCACCCGUCAACCCCAAAGGAGACCACACAGAACGUUUCAAUCGUCCAUUGAUUGUAUACGGGACUGAUACCGACCCAGGUGUCGAAUGGACAGUAAUUGAGCGCCCCUUCCGAGCAGACGAAAUCGUCCCCACAGCGGGGGAACGGGCUUCAUCGACCACCGGCUCUCAACCCGGAGUAUGGGUAGGCGAUGACUUCGACGAAAGACUUUUCAUAUCAUCCAACCCACUGGCAUUGGCCAACCUGCGCGACUAUGCCGGUCUGCCAGGGAUGCAAGUCCAAAUCACUCUCCUCCAGGAAGGAGGCUACGUGAUCGGAAUCAAAAUGGCGCACUGUCUAGCGGACGCACAGACUUUAAUGGUAUUCGUGCAUCUAUGGGCGCAUAACAGCAAAAAGCAAUUUGGAAAUCAGCCCGAAUCUCCGCUAAUGGGCGAGCCCGUAUUCGAUCCGACGUUGCUAGACAACUGCGCCGCGGGCGAUAUUGAUAGCCCCGAGCCAGAUCGAACCCUCGUACACACCGCGCGCAAAUUGCCCUUGCAUCGGUAUAGCUGGUGGGAUACCAGCGACGAGGGCUACCCGGCAUUUUUGAUACCAACGACAGAGAACUCCAAACCCGCAGAAAUCGACUACAAACAAGUCUCGCCCUCCGAGCCAGCACCCUGGGGCUCGUGGGAUUUCUCCAAAGAAGUCAGGUACACACAGUUGCACUUUACAGGUGCGGAGCUAAGCAAAUUCCAAGCCGCAGCCCUCGACACAGGCAGUCGAGGUGACAUCUCUCGACUGGACGCUCUACUCGCGCACCUGUGGAUAGCCAUUACACGAGCACGCGGACAAGCCAACUCGUCAAGACCCAUAUACAUGGAUUUGAGCCUCGGCACACGGCCGCGUGUUUCCCCCGCUCUUCCUGAUACGUUCAUCGGAUCGCCGUUGUUCCUGACCCAUGUUGGUGGAACCGCUUCCUCGAUAUGUCAGGAAAUAUUAGGCGAGACGGCUAGUCGGAUCCGAGAGACCAUGAAGCGGUUUACGGCUGAUGCUGUGGGUGCGAUGUUGCAUGAUGCUGCGCACGAGGUGUCGCCCCAGCGGCUGUGGCAGGGGUUUUUGGGGCCUGAGCAUACGCUUGUUACGUCGUGGUUGCGGCUGCAGGUGUAUGAGGUUGACUUUGUGGGUGGGGAUAAGCCACGUUAUGUGCACGCUGUUAUGCCUAAGAUGGACGGGUGUCUUCAGGUGAUGGAUAGUGGGGUUCAUGAUGGCGGGGUGGAUGUUGCGCUCUAUCUUGACGCGGUGGCUACGGGGCGGUUGCUUGAUGGUGACUGCUUUCGAGUAUGA